CUGCACGCUGGUCGGGAUUCACGCAGAGACCAGCGCACUUGGUGGUGUAUUGGAUCUGUUGGACGGAACCUGAAUCGUGACGCCUGCGCAUGUGUUUAGUUGUUUCACGAUGUGUUUUAAAGAUGCUGCACCUGUUUGCGAAUGUUGCAGAAAACAGGUAGAGCAGGACUGCUUGCCUUGCUGUUGUUAGUGUUGGACUGGACCCAGCCAGGCUUGUCAUCCCCACUGAGGCCAAUUUGUGACCUGAGGGUCCUGAACCAUUUCAUACAGGAAGCACGAGACGCAGAAGGUGCUAUGAAGUCAUGUAGAGAAGGCUGUGGCCUGUCCCAGUCUGUCACCGUCCCCCAGACUACAGUAGACUUUGAUGUAUGGGAGAAGAAAAAUGCACAGGAACAAGCCCAGGAGGUGCAGACUGGCUUAUGGUUGUUACAACAGUCCCUCAACACGCUACAGACGUCGGUCACCAACACAGCAAUGCACAGUCACAUAGACAACACCAUCAGAAACCUGCUCAGCAUCAACGCUGUGUUGCGUAGUCUCAACAUCCAGGAAUUUACACCACCAGCAAAUGCAACAGACCUUGAGGGAACAUGGAGGGUGUCCUUAGCAACAGAUCUGCUUCAGGUCCACGUCAACUUCCUGCGAGGCAAAGUGCACCUUCUUCUUUCAAGUGCACAGGCAUGCAAGCCAGAUGUCAGCUGAUCGACCGAUCGCCCCAUCCCGGGCGAAGAAAUUUGUGUUUCCAAAGGCAAGAGGAGAAAUGUGACACUGGUUAACCUGCACGCUGCUGGAAGCGGUGUGGAAUGAGAAAGACGCAGCAGUCGUCGCAUGCAGAGGAAGAGCUGAAAGGAUAGGACUGUCUCAGCAACGCUUUGGAUGGACAGGAGAUGAACGCACCUUGGAAAGUAGAUGUGACUCAUGGACACGGUGACAAAGACCAAAGUGAUGCUUUUGGAAAGCACUGCUCCAAUAGCUGUUUUACUGGCACUCUCUUGCACUUUGUGUGUGAAUGUACUUCAGGGUGAGCUAAGACUGAACGUUUCAGUGUCGUCCGUGUGCGUCUGUUUUCAGCGAGUCUGACCCUUACACUUAUUUCUUUAGAGGGAAACACCCAGUUAAUACUGACUACACCUGGGCAUCAAUUUCACUACUGGAGGCAGAAACUAACGUGGCCUCACUCAUGGUUUCCACAUUUUUCAACUUUGCCUCACAGACACAGUCUCUCAGAUUUUUUUCAGUGAAUAUUUUAAUAUAUUUUUAAGUUGAGGAAUUACUAUUUAUACAGAUUUUUCUACUUUAAGCUCAAUCUUUGACGUAGUGUCAGGUCUAACAUGCUAGUUGGGCUCUUUGUCAUGUUUUGUUGUGUAACACUGAACACAUUUGCAAAGGUGUUUGCUGCUCU